CUACACCAACGCCCUCAAACCUCAAACGUCGGAUUUUGAAUUAAAGGUAAUUCCAGUUUUGAGUGCACGGGAGUCGUUACAAUUUGUGAAAAUUGAUUAUUUAAAGUUAAUUUCACCAAAUACACUUACAACUCCUCAACAAAGAGGUAAUUGUACAAUAUUCUGCCUUCUCAAGCCACCUAUAGAAGGUAACAGCCCAGCUCGAGAGUGGUACCGUAGCCAUUAUGAUGACAGCGCGGACGGUGCCAAUUUCUUGAAAUUUUCGCCUUUGAUGCCCCCUGUAUUCUGAAAUUCACUCUCCAGAAGAACUUUUCAUUGCAUGCUAGAGACGUCUGUUGGAAUGCAAGAGUAAAUAAUCUGUUAUAGUUAAUAACAACGGCUGUCAAAAUGUCUGAGUCGCAGACUAUCAAAUUGGAACAGUCUUCCCAGGAGGUGUCUGGGGAGACUAUAACGGACAUUCAGAACUAUUUGAAUACAUUCAACAAAGAGAUUGGCGGAGAAAGUGUGGUUCAGCAAGUUGGAGAUGAUAUGACUGGAGACCAGGGUCCUGACGAAGGAGCUACCUACUUUGUGGACCAGGCAGGACACUACUACUACCAGACCCCAGGACCUGACGGACAACAAGUCAUGACUGUAGUGUCAGGUAUUGCCAACCCCAACAGUGACGUUGGCGACGCAAAUGAAACAUCAUUUGUGAUUGAAGGGGUGCCAGAAUCCAUAACAGGAGAUGUAGAUGAAAAUGUGGUUGAUGAGGGUGGCCAAAUGAUUGUGAGUGGAGCGGAUGGUUUCCAAACUUUGAGGAUCAUGCCAACGGAGACCAAUCCUGGCGAGGUGAGCUACGUAUUGAUAGUACAACAGCCUGACGACGAGAAAGACAAAGAGGACCAAGAGGAUCCGGAUUAUACGGUUUACGACUUUAAUGAAGCAGAGGAUAAUGAGCCGAUUAGUGGAAUGGAAUCAGGAGAUGAGGAUGAUAAGACCAAAAUAAUAAAGCUUUUACCAAAGAAAUCACAAACCGUCACCCAAGCCCACAUGUGUAACUACUGCAAUUACACCAGUCCAAAAAGGUACCUGUUGUCACGACAUAUGAAGUCUCACUCGGAGGAGCGUCCACACAAGUGCAGCGUUUGUGAGAGAGGUUUCAAGACACUGGCGUCGCUACAGAACCAUGUCAACACUCACACAGGCACCAAGCCCCACCGUUGUAAAUACUGUGAAAGCCAAUUCACCACUUCAGGAGAAUUAGUGAGACAUGUGAGAUACAAACAUACUCACGAGAAGCCUCACAAGUGCACCAUCUGUGAGUACGCGAGUGUUGAACUUAGCAAGAUGAGGAAUCACAUGAGAUGUCACACGGGCGAGCGGCCUUACCAGUGUCCACACUGCACGUACGCAAGUCCUGACACGUUUAAACUCAAGAGGCAUCUCAGGAUCCACACGGGGGAGAAGCCGUAUGAGUGUGACAUCUGCCACGCCCGCUUCACUCAGUCCAACAGCCUCAAAGCUCACAAACUCAUCCAUAGCGCUGGAGACAAGCCAGUGUUCCAUUGUGAGCUGUGCCCAGCUACAUGUGGGAGAAAGACAGAUCUCAGGAUUCAUGUGCAGAAGUUGCACACGUCUGACAAACCUCUGCGGUGCAAACGGUGUGGCAAACAGUUCCCGGAUAGGUACACCUACAAGGUUCACAACAAAUCACAUGAAGGUGAGAAGUGUUGGAGGUGUGAGUUGUGUCCGUACGCUUCAGUAUCUCAGAGACAUCUAGACUCGCACAUGUUGAUACAUACGGACCAGAAACCUUACCAGUGCGACAAGUGUGACCAGUCGUUCCGCCAGAAGCAGUUGUUGAAGAGGCAUCAGAACCUGUACCACAACCCCAACUACAUCCCUCCGCCCCCCAGAGAGAAGACACACGAAUGUCCCGAGUGUCAGAGGGCGUUCAGACACAAGGGCAACCUCAUACGACACAUGUCCGUGCAUGACCCUGAGUCCUCGGCCCACGAGAAGGCGGUUGCCCUCAAGAUAGGGCGGCAGAAAAAGAUACAAAUUAUAGACGGCCAACAGGUUGAGGUGAUGCCAGGGGAGGAUGAUGAAGACGAGGAGGAUGAGAUGGACGGAUCCAUGGUGUCUAUGGAGGGAGCUGACGGUCAACAGUACGUUGUGUUGGAAGUUAUACAACUUCAGGACAGCGAUGGACAGGAGCAGGCGGUGGCAGUGAUGGCUGGGGAAGGUAUUGAGCAAGCUGUCGCAGCUUUACAGCAGCAGACAGGUCAGAACACGUCUGUUCUGGUACACAACAACCAGGUGUUGAAUCAGCACAUCACUUCUGACCACCAUUCAUCAGACAAUGAGGAGGUGUUGCUUAGUCAGCCAAAAGCAGUUCCUCAACAAAAUGACAUGCAGAAUUGUUUUGGAUUUGAUGAAGACGAAGAAGAUGAACCUGAACAUAAGACCAAACCAAACAUUCAUAUUCUGCAAAGUGCCAUUCAUUGAAAGAUUUUUGAAGAAUGAAAAGCUGCCUCUGUGAUCCUAUUAGCAAUAAGUUUAAACUUCUAUACAGUUUUAAAAGAGGUUACAUUACCUGUCCGUAAUCUUGCAGUUACACAUUAAUAAUAGAAAACAUUUUUAUUUAUUUUGAAUUGAUUGGUUGUUUAAAUCAAUUUUUACUUUGAAUCUGUUAUCAUUUUGCACUUGUGUUUGGUGAAUGAUUUUAACUGAGUGAUUUAAUAUUUACUUCUUAUACAAGUCGAAUAUUGCUUAUUUGACAUAAGAUAAAAAAGUUGUAUAAUGUUUACUACGUUUUUGUUUGACCAAAAUUAAUUAUAAGUGAGAGAAUGUGUAAAUCUUAACAUUAUUUGUAUUCAAUUCUGUCUAGUAUUUUUACAAAAAUAUAGUUUUUGAA